UGGUUAGUGUAGUGUAGCUACGGUCUAUGGAGCUGGGAUGGAAAUAAAGAAAUUACAAAAGAAUAUAUUUGUUCGAAGAAAAAAGAACGGCCCAUGUCCCACGGUCCCACCCAGUAGGGCGUUCCUCUCCCGUGUGGAUUCUCCCCACCUCCGCCGCCGUUUCCCCGCGUGCUUUCUCUCUCUCUCUCGAUCUCGAGCGACGACUCGGUUACAGCCGCCGUCCUACGCCAGGUCCCAGGUCUUCGUCGGGCCCGUCUCCGGCAACGAGCACCAACAAGAUUUUUGUGUGUAAAGAUUUGCGAGCACCAUUCACUUUUUCAUCAGUGUGAAAUUAAAACACUUCAAGCAUGAGCUCUCACCGUGUGAAGUGGAAUGAGGACAAUUUGUAUGAAAUUGAGUCAAACAAACCGGUGAGGCAGAAGAUAACAGAGCCAAAGACACCAUAUCACCCAAUGAUAGAUGAUGAUGGAUCAUUGUCGCCAACACGUCCUUUCGACAAAUGUCUUGAUGAGACUGUCCAGGCUGAAGCUAUCUUAACAGCCUUAAAUGGUGUGGCUUCUUCAAGCAUUAGCAUUUCAAAGGAUGAUGGUUGGGGAUCGUCAGAUGAUGAUACAGAUGCCAUAGAUCAAGAUGCUGACCCUGAAGCUGACACGACAAGGUUGAGUUUCAAGGAGCAUCGCCGUGCCCACUACGAUGAGUACCGCAAGGUUAAGGAGCUGAUGAGGACUGGAUCCCUUACUGCUGAGGAGGCCGAUGAGGAUAACAGAGCUGCCACCAGCUCCGAAGACAAAGGUGUGGGGAAAGGAGGGCCGAAUGAUAACAUGAAGCCCUCGCCUCAAACAUGAGGAGUUCAUAUGAAGGUUCUGAUUCCUCUGUUAUUUAUUGUAUCAUUGUAUGCAAUACAGUUGUUACUCUUGUUUUGUUUUGAGAUGCUGGUGUGCCAAAAUGGAUUUGAUGACCGAUAAUUUUAUUGGUGUUGGCUACCUGGUCGAAUGGUCGUCGCUCCAUUUUGUUGGUGACUUAACAAUUUCAAUUGAGAAAAUAUGUUUCAAACCGAGCAAACUGCUUGAUGCUGAAAUCAGUUAUUCGCCAA